AAACCAACGAAGAACCAUCACGCACAUAGAAAUGAGGACAUAGAUGCCUAGUUUGAGGUUUUAAACAGUUACUGUUUUGUUUCUAGAUGUGUUUUUCUACGUGGAAGUAUGUGACAGCGCUCUUCCAUUAAUGGAGAUGAUGAAGAUGCCGAGCUGUUCAUCGUUUGGUUUCUGGAGUUUGCUCGUUUUUUGUAUUCUGUUUGUUAUUGCAAAUGCAAAUCUCAACCAGGAUGAGGAUGACGCAUGGAUUGAUCCAUAUGACAUGCUCAACUACGACCCGACGACAAAGCGCAUGAGAAAACCCACAGAGUCUGCCAUUUACCCAAAUGUGCCAACCAAGAGGAGGGAAUUCAGCUCAGAGUCCUGUGAAGUGCAACAGUGUCCUCCUGAUGUAGUUGACUGCACCUCUAAACUAAUGAAUUUGCAAAAAGAGUUUGAUGAACAGAAAAAGAAGGAGACCACCACCUCUAAAAGUCCAGCAUGUUUUCCAGUAUUCAAGCGAUUCCUUUCCAGGCUUCUUAAAGAAACUUCAAAACUUGGCCUGCCUAACGAUGGACAGACAUCCAAGCAUUAUGAUGCUGAGGUGAAGCUGUCCAAGCAGUCGCUGGUGGAGAUCCAGAAGCUUUUGAAUGAAGAGAACGACUGGACCACUGGAGCCUUGGAUGAGGCUCUCAGUCAAAUUAUGCUCAGAUUCAAACUCCACGACCACGAAUCCUGGAAGUGGCGUUUUGAAGACACAUUUUAUGUAGAUGCUGAUACCGCCCUGAAGGUUGCUUUGAUUGUUCUGAUUGUCGUAGCCAUAAUCAGUACUGAGGUCUGGUCUGUGGUCUCCUGGUUUGUCCAGUUCUGGAGAAUGUUUGCUGUUUGCUUUUUUAUUAGCAUGAUCUGGAACUGGUUCCAUCUUUAUAUGGUUGCAUUUGCAGCACACAAGAAGAACAUUGUGGAGGUGGAGAGCUCAAAUGACAAAUGCACUGGGCUGAAACAACUGGACUGGAAGGACAGUUUGUCAGAGUGGUACAGACGGACAUGGACUCUUCAAGAUGAUCCUUGCAAAAAGUACUAUGAGGCCCUUUUGGUGAACCCAAUUUUGCUUGUGCCUCCAACAAAGGCUAUCGUGGUCACCAUAACCAGUUUCAUCACGGACCCCUUGAAGCAAAUUGGGCAGGGAAUCGGUGAGUUCCUCAGAGCCCUGCUGAAGGAUCUACCGGUCACUCUCCAGUUACCUGUGCUGGUUAUCAUUGCCCUCGCCAUCCUUGUGUUCAUGUAUGGAAGUGCUCAAGCAGCCAUACAUCAAGCAGUUCACUUUCCCCGGCUCGGUGGGCGACGGGAUCCGCCGCCUCCUGCUGUAGGACAGCGACAAGCUCCUCAACUAAGGGAGCAUGAGGAAGCUUUGGGAGGGGGUGACGCUCCACAGCCAUUACAGGUGCCCCAGCACAAUAGAAACAGAGUAAAUCAAGCAGGAAACCAAGGAGGUGACCAGGGCUUCAGGGCUAGAGAUGCUCUUGCCCCCCAAAACAGACAGGAGAAAAGCAUGGAACUCCGACCGGACCUUUCUGACGCUCCCAGAAGGACUCACAGGGUAGAGACUGUGCGCGCUACAGGUAACAUGUACAGCGAUGAUGAGACUGAUUUACAGCUGCGGACAGAGGAGGUGAAUACUGGUACAAAUGAAAGUGCAGAGCCUGAUGUGAAAGCCGAGGGAAAAGAGAAAACUGCAGCAACUGUGGACAAGAAAGAACAGAAAGACACAAGGAGUGCAGACAGGAGUGAGCCUGAAACCAAUGUGCCUUCGGCUCAAACAGAUGUGAAAACACUUGGAGCUAAUCAAGGGAAUGAGCACUUCAUGUGCACUAAAAGGAUAUUGGCUUCUCAAAAUGACCUGAAGCUGCAGGUUACGGUUUGCAAGCUUAAUAUUGUGCUACCAGCAGAUCUUACUGUUGAAGAAGACAUUUAUUCAAGCUUUAAAACUCCAGUUCAAGAAUCACUGCAAUAAAAUGAUCUUUCAACUCUCUCAAUCAAUUUUUUAAAUUAAAUGUUUUUUCUUCCUA